AUGACUUCUUUCAUAAAAACCAUCUUUCUAUUCUCUCUCAUCACUCUCUGCACCUUCACAUACACACAGGCAGCAACAAUCGAGGUCAAAAACAACUGCCCCUACAAAGUAUGGGCCGCGGCCGUCCCCGGCGGCGGUAAGCCGCUAAACAAAGGCGAAUCAUGGACCAUCACCGCAUCAGCAGGCACCCAAAAAGCCCGUGUCUGGGCCCGAACCGGAUGCAACUUCGACAACUCAGGCAACGGCCAUUGCCAAACCGGUGACUGCGGCGGUGUCCUAAACUGCCAAGUUUACGGUACACCUCCAAACACACUAGCAGAAUACGCUUUAAACCAAUACAUGAAUUUGGACUUUUUCGACAUUUCCCUUGUCGAUGGAUUCAACGUUCCUAUGGAUUUUAGUCCAACUUCAAAUGGUUGUCGUGGCAUAAGGUGCACCGCUGACAUCAUCGGACAGUGUCCUAGUCAGUUGCAAACUCAAGGCGGUUGUAACAACCCGUGUACUGUUUUUAAAACCGAUAAUUACUGUUGUAACUCCGGUAGCUGUCAGGCCACUGAUUAUUCAAGAUAUUUCAAGACUAGGUGCCCUGAUGCUUAUAGUUACCCAAAGGAUGAUGCUACAAGUACAUUCACUUGCCCCGGUGGAACCAAUUACAGGGUUGUCUUUUGUCCGUGA